AUGCUGUCUUACAUCAUUGGACUGAUCCGCGGCGGUUUUGAUGGCAUCAUCAACUUGAUCUUCAGACUUUUCUUCUCCAAGAGGAGACCUGCCAUCACGUUAGAGGACCCCAGUAUUAAAUACGCUCUGCGGCUGAUCGACAAACAGAUCAUCAGCCAUGACACAAGGAAGUUUCGUUUUGCGCUUCCCUCUCCUAAACACAUCCUUGGUCUGCCUACUGGGCAGCACAUCUAUUUGUCCGCAAAAAUAGAUGGGAAGUUGGUUGUCCGCCCUUACACGCCAGUGUCCAGUGAUGAUGACAACGGCUUUGUGGAUCUGGUGGUGAAAAUUUACUUUAAAGACGUUAAUCCUAAAUUCCCAGAGGGUGGGAAGAUGAGUCAGUACUUGGAGAGCCUCAAGAUAGAUGAGACCAUUGACUUCAGAGGGCCCAGCGGACUUCUUGUGUACAAGGGCAAAGGUGUAUUUGCUAUUCAGCCUGAUAAAAAGUCUCCAGCAGCGGCCAAGUCGGCCAAACACGUGGGCAUGAUCGCUGGAGGGACAGGGAUCACUCCCAUGCUCCAGAUCAUCACAGCUGUGAUGAAGGAUCCUCAGGACAGGACGGUGUGUCACCUGCUGUUUGCCAACCAGACUGAGAAGGACAUCCUUCUGCGAGAAGAACUGGAGGAGAUUCAGGUCAACCACCCAGAGCGCUUUAAGCUGUGGUUCACCGUCGACCGAGCGCCUGAAGAUUGGGAGUACAGCCAAGGUUUCAUUAAUGAAGACAUGGUGAGGGACCACCUGCCUCCUCCCAGUGACGACACCCUCAUCCUGAUGUGUGGGCCUCCACCCAUGAUCCAGUUUGCCUGCAACCCCAACCUGGAUAAAGUUGGCCAUGAUAACAGCCACAGGUUCACCUUCUAG